UCCUCCAGGAUUUUCACAUUUUUGCAAAAUUAGCAAUAAAACUUGGAAGAAUUAAUUAAAAACUAAAAUAAUGUAAAAGUGUGCAUUUAAGCAAUGUCGAAUGAUUAUUAUGCAAAUGUAUCGGGGACGCCUUCGUGCUCCUCAUCGCGUUGGCUGACUGAGGAGGUUUUCAAGCUGAUCGAUAUGGUGCAACAUGAUGAAGCCAUUUAUAAUCCUCGUCACAAAUACUACUUUUGUCGGCCAUAUGUCGAGAAUUUUUGGCGCGAAGUUGAUCAAAAACUGGAAAAAAACCCCGGCGCUAGUCUCGCAAAAUGGACAAAUUUGCGUAUAUCAUUUCGUCGGGAAUACACAAAUUAUUUAGAAGAAAAGGUACCACCAUGUUGGACGUAUUUUGACCGCAUGUUUUUCCUACAUCCAUAUCUAAGAAAAAAACAUUCCCAACCUAAAUCGCUCGACUCACAAGUGCAGGAUGCAUUGGUACGCAUCAGUUCUUUGUCAGACCGUUUGCAACGGGAACGUACCGCGGCAGUAGCUGCAAAUGCGGCUGUCGCACUUGGCGGCACGAGUGUUACCGGCGAUGUGAAUGCGUCACAUUUGCACUCCCAGCAGUCGCAUCAGCAGCCAUUAGAUAAUUAUUUAGAAUAUUUUGAUGAUCCCGAGCAGAAUAACUCAGAUGAUUUAGACGAUGUUAUUGAUGAUGAGCAGCGGUCACGAUUUCGGCAUACUGAGCAACACUUGCAUACACUCAGUAGUGACAUAAAAUCUGAAUGUGAUGAUGUCAAAUCAGAUGUUGAUGACUAUGAGCCCGAAUCCGCUGUGCGGCCAGACGAGGAAGAUAAUGAGUUGGAAGAGAUGGAAAUGCGUAAUUUUAUGAUGGAUUCUUAUGCCAGUAGUAGCACACAUAUUCCUCCAGAGGAUAGGCGAGCACAGCUGCGUGUGCAACAACUGAUGCGCUUGCAAGCGCGUUCUUAUCAAGAUGAACUGCGUAUCAAGCGACCACGCUCUCAAGAAAGUAUAAGCAGUACACAAAUAAACAAUGGAGGCAGUGGCAGUACUGCCAGUAUAAUUGGUGUUAACGUGCACAAUAGCGCCAGCGCUGCAAACUCUGUGGGUGCCACUGUUAGUGGACAUUCACGUAUGCAUUGCUCAACAGGAAACACUGCACCUGUGCACACAAAUGUGUCGUUUGUGCGACCAACACUUGCCAAACCUAUGGAAUUGGUCAGCACCACCACAAGUAACAGUGGUGGCAGUGUAGGCUUGAGCGUUGGCGCUGGCGUUAGUGUUAGUAAUUCAUUAAUGAACAAUACAAAUAACGAGGGAGAUUUGAAUGCCAGUAGUACAUCCAGCGCUAACAGUCAGAUUGCAGCAUCUUCAACGGUUUUAAAUCCGCAUCAGCGACAUAGCACUACGGCCCAUCACAGCCACAAUUUCAAUCAUCAUGGCAGUGGGAGUAGUAAUGGUUCUCACCAUCGUUUGGAAAUCGCGGCCAUCUCUUCUGGUACUGGUAGUGCUGCUGCAGGUGCAAUUGGAACAGGAUCUGCUGGCGUAUCGGUGUCGACGUUAAUGAAUAACACACCAGCAGCCACUGCACCAGCGCCAGUGGCACCAAAUCAUGUGGAGUUGUGCGAUUGCAAAAUAGAUCCUGAUGCUAUGUUUCUCAUGAGUUUGCUACCCGAUAUACAAAAAUUAAAUGGGCGAGAUCGAGGAAAAAUCAAAAUCGCAUUUCAGAAUAUACUGCAGGACUACUUGUAUCCGGACUAGGUGUGCAUCAAUUGCUUUAAUUUAAUGUAAAGUCAUAUGUCGUUACAAGAAGCAUACAAUGGAAAAUAGCAACGUCGCCAACAAUAAAAAUUUAAUGGAAGUGAAAUGAAUGAUUUAGAAAUGUGCUAAUCGUUUAUGUAAGUGGAAGCCUAUUAUUUAUAUUUAUGAGGCGAUGAACAAAUUUAUAAAUAUUUUAAGGUGCUAAGCACUAAAAACUUGGUUAAUCUUCGGUAGUAUGAAAAUACCCAAGCCCAUGACUUAUCUAUAUAGAAUCCAAGCAUUAGGGAUUUGCUAUUAAGAUGAUUUAUUUCUGCACCUGCAGUCUUUAAACCCUACGCUAUAGCUUUAGAAACAACUAAACAUUUUUGAAACACAGUCGCCAAUACUUUACCUUCAAAUAUGUACUGCUAAAAUAUGUAGGUCUGUUCAUGAAGCAAAUAUUCUGUAACUAUUGUUACAAAUUAUCACAUUUUGGUGUACAUGUACCCAAUAAAAGUAUGGGAAAGCGAGAGAGCAAAAUAACAUUUCAUUUUGAGGGGAAGUUGCAAGUUUGUACGGGUUAAAUUUUUACUUGUAAGAAUUUGCACCAAAGCUGAUCGCAAAGUAAAAAAAACUCGAAUUAAAAUUUGCGAAUGGUAAUUGCUAAAUGAAAUGCUCUUCAUCGACAGCGAUGAUGAAAUGGAACAAAUUAUUGUGGACAAAAUGAAGUCAUGAGAUUUCGAAGCUCGUUAUUUUGCGUUUUCUUUGCUUAUUAUUAUUAUUAUUUUUUUUUUAAUUUAAUACGAGGUGGCUUAAGUGAAAAAUAUUUUAAUUUUUGUGAUUUUUCCUGCCAACAAUUAAAUCAGCUGUUUGUAAAACUUGCAAAUGGUUACUAGUUUUAUGUUCAUGUACUUUUUUUGGUAUUUUUUUCUUUGAGAGACAAUUUUCGGAAAUUAAGUUAUAGGCAAGUUACUGGAUAAUUUUUACAUGAACAGAUCUCAUAACUAGCUAAUGGCGCUGAACAAAAAAAAAAAAUCUAGUCGAAAAAAAAUGGUUUAUUUCAUGUCGCAUAGCCUAAGUAAGACCUUUUAACAGCAAAAUUUUGAACAAAAGAAAAAAGCAUAUGAUUCCCUCAUAUUUUAUUAUUUAAGUAUUUUAUUUAUAGAACAUUUGCAAAUGUGAUCCUUAGAAUAUUUUUAAGCCUACAAACAUAUAUAUUUAAUUAUAAGUAUAAUAGCACAAUUUUUGAAUACCCCGCAGUAAAAAUGGGACAAUCACUCAAAUGUUGGUGCCUACGCUGUUGGGCGUUAAUUUACUAUUAACUUUUGGCACUAGUUCUUUAAUAUUUACUUUUGUCUACAACUUGCGUCAUUCGAAAAGAACAUUCUGGAGGAAAAUUGCUCGCUAUUAAUAAAAUAGGAGGUGCCUAUUUGUGAUUGCUGAAUCAGUAUAAACAUUUUCGGGUUGAUUGUCAGGAAAUUAAGCAAGUGAAUCUGAAAAUGGUAUUAAAAAAUCUGAGAAAAACGCUUUUUUGGAUCCAACCAUAUCGUAGCAUAUACUCAAUUUUCGAGAUGUAGUAUUUAUUGAACAAUUUUGGUGGGAAAAUAUUUUUAAGUGUUUUGCAAAAUAUUUAGGCGUAGGCGAAUGGGUUGGUGCGAGACUACCAUUCAGAAUUCAGAGCGAACGAAGAUUCGAAUCUCGGUGAAAGACG